AUACGUCGCAUACUUCAUGGCGAUAAUAUUGGACAAAAAUUGAGUGUGCUUUGUGCUGUCACCUGCCGUCAGCAGCAGCGCCAGCAUUAGUAUUAGUAGAAAAAAUUGCGUUAACGAAUCUAACCUGGAAUCCAACCUAGGUGUAGGAGAGGUUGCUUUUAUCGCUUAAUUACUGCGGAGUAUUGGAUAUUUAAAAGAAGAUGAGUCAACGUUGAUACAGUUCUACCCUCGCCGUGCUGUGUUAAGUUAAUUCAAAGAUGAAAAUCGUUGUGAAAAUUCUACAGGGAAGAGAGUGUGUCGUUGACAUACUGCCGUCAAACACAGUCCUCGAGUUGAAACAUAAAGUUAGUGAAUCGUUAGGAAUCGCCGUACCAAAUCAGAAAUUGAUUCACACAGGAAAGCCCCUUGCAGACGACCAGCUUCUGAGUUUUUAUCCGACAAUAAAAGAUGGUUGCAAGGUAAAUUUAUUUGUAAAGAAGCAAGUUCAAAGUGAGGGUAAAAGUGCUCAAGCAGAUACUGGCAUCCAGUUAUUCAGAAGCGAGAUGUCAAGAGUCUUGAGGCAUUAUUAUACAGAAUCUGAAACACAGUCGAUAAUUAACGAGUUUAUGAAAGACUUAAAAAAGAAAGUGGAUGGACUGAGUUAUGAUGACUUGGAGAGAUUAGCAACGGCUCUGCUUCAGGAUCAAGAAAGUACCACUUGAAGAAAUUGUCCUUGGAUUUUUUUCUGCAGAAUACCUUCAAUCAUUCGUUUGUUAAUUUUUAAUAAAACUUUCUGCAUCUAGAAAAUUUUUAAUUGUAAGAUUUUCCAUGCUUUUUGAAAAGUGAACAAUUUUUUUCCGUGCUGCUCACUUUUUUAAAUUGAUUCUUUGCACUCUUUUUUAGUCAAUUAUUUACAACAAAUAUUCUAUACAUUCGUUCGUUUUACUUAUUAAUUUCCCUCUCCUUUCACAAAAUGGCAAGCCUACGGGUGGCUGAGAUGAUUGAUUUCCAUAAUAUUUAACGGCCAUGUUCAGAGAAAUUCUAUAAAUGAAUAAUUCAUUGAGUUGAGGAAUAUUUUAGGCAUAUGUAAUUUCUAAUAAUCAAGAGGUGUAAUGUAGCCUCUCCAAUGAUCGCUCGCUCGAACCAUCUUCAUCCAUCGUGUUUAGCUGUUAACUAAGUGCAAGAUAAUGAUAAUAAUAAAACAAAACUUGUUACGUUAAAA